GGCUGCCAGGGAGGUGAGAAUCGUUGUAGCUCUCCUCAUCACGUUUCGUCUGUCUCUCUUCUCUUUGCGCAAUAGGACGGACACCAGAUACCCCGUUAUUGUGUUUUGGACCUCUCCAAAACGCGAUUCGUUCUUUUUUCCAACUCUUUAUACGGUUUUGGUGCGCUCGAUGGCUCGCACUGCUGACUGUGGCUCGUGACUAACAGAACACCUGCACGGAAUCAGACCAACGUUACUUGCGGCAUCGCUCUACAUUCCUGAGGACUUGACAGAGACAUCAGAGCGGCUCACGGUCACCUCCUCCUAAAAGGUCCAGGAUGCUGGGUGCGGUGGUCCCUGUCUGUGGACUGCAGGCUCUGCUGGCGGCCCUCCUGCUCUCUCUGGGCUAUGGCCUGGUGUGGUCAGACCCGGUGGUGAACAUGAGGAAGGUGACCCACCAGAGGGUGAGGGAGCAGCUGGCCAACACCGUCCUGCUGCCCUGUGUCUUCACCCUGCGCCCCACCCCUACCCACGAGCCCCCCCGCAUCAAGUGGACCAAGGUGUGGGGCCAGAGGGGCGACGAUGGUCGGCAGAGGGAACAGUCCAUCCUGGUCGCCAAGUACAACGUGGUCAAGGUUAAGAAGGCAUUCCAGGGGCGUGUCACCCUGCCCGGUUACCAGGACAACCGCUACAACGCCAGCCUGGCGCUCAGCGGUCUGCGCUCCAGUGACUCGGGCAUGUACCGCUGUGAGGUGGUGGUGGGCAUCAACGACGAACAGGACACCGUGCCCCUGGAGGUUACAGGUGUGUUGUUCCACUACCGUGCCCCCCACGACCGCUACGCCCUGUCCUUUCCCGACGCCCAGCGGGUGUGUCUGGAGAACUCGGCUGUCAUCGCCACGCCUGCUCAGCUCCAGGCCACCUUUGCCGACGGGUAUGACAACUGUGAUGCCGGCUGGCUCUCUGACCAGAGCGUGAGGUACCCUAUCCAGUCUCCCAGGCCUGGUUGCUAUGGCGACAGGCAGGACUCACCUGGAGUGCGCAACUACGGCAAUCGGGCCCCUGACGAGCUGUUUGAUGUCUACUGCUUUUCCAAGCAACUGCAAGGUGAGGUGUUCCACUUGUCUGUACCAGAGAAGCUGAGCCUGGCCACAGCCUCUACCCACUGCCACGCUCUAAAUGCUCAGCUGGCCACGGCAGGGCAGCUCUACCUAGCUUGGCAGGCCGGCCUGGACCAGUGUGACCCAGGCUGGCUGGCUGACGGCAGCGUGCGCUACCCCAUAAACCUUCCCCGGCGCAACUGUGGCGGGGAUGAUCCGGGGGUGCGCACUGUCUACCACAACCCCAACCGCACCGGUUUCCCAGUAACCACCACCCGCUUCGACGCCUACUGCUACCGAGAACGUGAUGCAGGAGUCCAGGCAGCCCAGCCAGGGUUCCUCCAAUACAGAGAGCCAGAGAACAACUCAUCAGACACUGAGCCCCAGCGCUCUGACCCCUUCCCCAAACCCUCCACCUGGACUGGCAUCGUGGACCUGGACAAGGAGGGAAUCAGCUCCAUCGCUAGAGGCAACGAGUCCUCUGAGAUCUCAGAGGAGCACGUGGUAAUCCACCUCCAGCCAGGGGAGGGUACCCAGCGCUGGGGAGAGGAGAACCAGGAGACCCAGGACCGAUCCAAAACUGGAGCCCCUCAGGAUGCCUCCUCCAGCCCUAAGACCAAGACCAGUACCCUGAGUCUGUCUGCCCUGGAGAGUCUGGAGACCCACGGAGGUUCUGCCCAGGAGGAGGUGGAGGGUGAGGGGGAAGUGGAGGGGCGUUUCGGGUCGUCCGACUCCCCUCUUUCCUCCCAGACCUCUCCAAUGCUCCAGGCUCAGACUGCCAAUAGCGUUCUCCACAGCUUCGUCAACAACCUGAUGAAGCCCUUCAAGUAUUGGACAGGCUCUGUGGAGACCGACACGGAGGCCCCUCCCCCAGCCACACCUGCCUCACUGCCCGAGGGGACAUUAGCUGUGGCAGACCAGGAACCCCCAGGGUCGGCUAAGGUCAACCCCACCGAAGGGAGGCCCAAUCUUGGCAGCACUGACAGCGGCGUCAUGGAGCAUCGGAGCGGAGGCUCCUCGCUCAAGACAUCCACCGGUGGGCUCACCAGCUCAGAGGAGGGUCUGACUGAGCAGGAGAAAGAGGUGGUCCCAUUUGGCCCUGUGAUCCUGUACACACAACCAGGGAGGGAUCCAAGCACAUCCCUAACCAACCCUUCAGCCACCUCCUCUAAUGGAUUCACAGAACUGGGGCCCGGUGGUAGUAGCAAGACUGUGGAGGCUUUGAAUGUAUCAGGAGGCCCCCACCAUGGCACCAGGUAUGAGCUGGCUUCAUCCCCAGGGGCCCCGGCACAAGCCACAGGCAGCCAGCUGAGAUGGGCCCUCAAGGCCAUGAAGGGUUCUAAGCUUGUGCCGGAGGGACACAUGGCGUACGUGGGGAAGGAUUCCACCUGGGAGCCAAUGGAGGCCAAAGCAGGGCCCCUCGAGGUCAUGACCCUGCCAACCAACCCAGAGAACUACUCUGGCGAGGGGAGGGACCAGGAUGAGGACCACAGCAUCCCCCAUGACGUCCUAGAAAGAGAGGAGGGGGAUAAAGAGACAGAGACAGAGGGAAGCGGGAGAGGAGUGAACGACUUACCAAGAGGCUUUGGAUCUAACGGUAACAGCAAUCCAGCCAGCGGUGCCAGCAGCAGCACAAAGCCUCCUGUGUCUGGACUGAAACCCACCCAGACCCAAACCCAGAGCCAGACAGUAGCAGAGCACACCACUAUCUCCCAGUGGCAGUUGGUGGACCAGCCCACCACCUCACCUGCAGCUGCUGCUUCUGCUGCAGGCUCCAGCCAGGGCCCAGGGGGAACCGUUGAGGAGGCCAGGGGAGAGAUUGUCUAUGUCCGACGCCCCACUGAGAAACUGCUUCCAGCCACCUCCAGUAAGAAAGGUGGCUUCUCCCCUGUGAUCAGGAAGCAGAACCUGAACACAACCAGAGUGACUGAGAGACAACGCAGCCUAGAUGAGGCCACCACACCUGGGGUUACCUCCAGACCUGCAACCCCUAUGGAGCCCCUGACCACCAUCAAAACCUCCACAGCAGACACCCAGAGAACAGAUUCCACCAGGGAGCCUCCUAUCUCCAUCAUAUGGGUUCCGGUGGAGAGAGAGAAGACAAUCAGUACCACACCUCUGACCAGAGAUGGACCACAAACGGCCACAGCUUCCACUCAGUUGACCACGCCACUGUCCAUUCUGAAGAGCAGCGAUCGUGAGGCCGAGUCCAGGUUGGCCGUUUCAGAGUCGUUCGUGGUGGGAAAAGGGUGGAAGCCUUUGGGAGGGAGGAACCCCAAAUCUAAGGAGGACAAAACCCUUGUGACCACAGAGAAGACAGAGAAGAACCCCUUUGGUGUCAUUGUGCCCACCUGGGGCUAUGACCUCAACCCUUCAGCUGAAGACAACCCGUGCCAGACCAACCCCUGUCUGCAUGGAGGCAGCUGCCUGCCGGAGGGCGACGGCUACAGCUGCUACUGCCCCCAGGGCUACUCUGGAGAGAGCUGCGAGAUCGACAUCGACGACUGCCAGUCCAACCCGUGUCAGAACGGAGGCACCUGCAUCGAUGAGAUCAACUCCUUCGUGUGCCUGUGUCUGCCCAGCUACGGUGGAGCCACGUGUGAGAAAGACACAGAGGGCUGUGAACACACAUGGAGGAAGUUCCAUGGCCACUGCUACAGGUACUUCAGCCGCAGACACACCUGGGAGGACGCAGAGAAGGACUGCAGGGAGCACAGCGGACAUCUGGCCAGCAUACACACACUCCAGGAGCAGGACUUCAUCAACGGUCUGAGUCAUGACAACACCUGGAUCGGACUGAACGACAGAACAGUGGAAGAGGAUUUCCAGUGGACUGACAACAUGGACCUGCAAUAUGAGAACUGGCGGGAGAACCAGCCGGACAACUUCUUUGCGGGUGGAGAGGACUGUGUGGUGAUGAUCGCCCACGAGAACGGCAAGUGGAACGACGUGCCCUGCAACUACAACCUGCCCUACGUCUGCAAGAAGGGAACAGUGCUGUGUGUCAACCCUCCCACCGUGAAGAACGCCUUUCUGAUUGGCCGUAAGCGGUCCCACUACGACAUCCACUCAGUGGUGCGUUACCAGUGUGCCGACGGGUUUCUCCAACGCCACGUCCCCACGGCCAAGUGUCGUGCCAACGGCAAAUGGGAGCGGCCGAAAAUCAUCUGCACUAUGACCCGGGGAGCACAGCGCUACAGGCGGCACCAUGACCAUCACAACGGCCGACGGGAGCGCAGAAAGCACAAGAAGCACGGCCAUGGACACGGAGAGGGGGGGCACCACGGAGGGGAUCAGGGCCACAGGCAUGGGCACGGGCAGGGGAACGCUCAUGCCCACAUCUGAACCAAAAACGUCCACUGCCCGAAACCUCGCCUCGCUGCCCAGUCUCCCUCCUCUACCCCUCUCUACCCCCUCUCCUGCCCUGUUCCUGACCCCACAACCUGGCUCCCAGAGCCAGCCUGUAUCAUACUCAACUCUGAGGCCUGACAGCCGACUGCUAGGCCUCACUGAGACAAUAACAAUCGCUUUGUACUCUUCUUUACUUUCACUGCUUUUCUUUUCUGUCUCCCUCCUCCCCCUCCCUCCCUCCACCCCUCCCUCCUCCCCCUCCCUCCCUCC